GUACGAGCCACGAAGCGAAUGAGCGGACCCAAACUCGUAACACCUGCAAAAUCCAAGAACGGCACCGCGAAAGAUGUGAGAAGAGCAGAAUCACAGGGACUGGUUCACAAUCAUGGAAGCCAAGGAAGAGAACAAUUAAUUGGAAUGGAACGGUGGCUCUUGCUUGGAUAUUGAACAGAGAUACAUGUAUCUGCUACCACUGGAAAAGCUCCGUACCGGUACCAUUCGUACCAUAAAGACUAGUAAAGUGUGCCCGUCGUGUACCGGUACCCUCGUGGAUUCUUAGGCAAACACGCAAUUGUACCGCAACUCCCUGAAGUUCGAAAGAUGCGGGUGGGCUUCUGGAUUUCUAAAAAGUGACGAUGAUGACGCAGCGAGAACCGCGAUGUUGAUCCAUGAUCCAUUCUCAUCAUGUUGCCAAUAGAUUCCGAGCCUUCUUGAUCACGACAUGUCAAUUGCCAACCCUGUUGAUUCGAUUCGAUACUUCUCUGCAUCAGCUAGCUAGCUAGCUAGCUAGUGUCCCUGCGCCUGAUUGCUUCAAAAGAUUAACACAGAAUAGAUUCGAGGGACAGUCGUCAUGUGCCUCCAGCAAGAUUCCAAAGAGAACAACCUCGAAGCAGCAGAAGAGAGCGAGACUCUGCUUCAGUCUAUGCUUUCCCAAUUGACCGAAGAAGAAAUGGAGACUGCUGCCCGCACAAACUAUCAGUAUCUUCAGAGUGCUUGGAGUGGCACUGCCACUGUGGAAGACCGCCAAAAACACGCCACGGCCAUGGCACGACGGUAUCUCAAGUCCAAGAAGGACGUCGAUAGAGCACUGGACUGCAUGAGACUGACGCUCCAAUUUCGUCAAGAAAUGAAAUUGGAUCAGCUCCGACGGACAUUUGAUGACAGUAUCGAUGAUAAUGAUGAACAGCAGCAGCAGUUUCGAUCGGAACUGGCGGAACGCCUGUCGUCGAAAAAGAGUUUUGUCAUGGGAUACGACAAGGAAGGAAGAGCUACCUUUCAUUUUAGACCUCCAAAGAGCAUUCAUCACGACCUGCAUUGGACCAUGAUGGAAGCUCUCUAUACUAUGGAACGAACGAUUGCUUGCAGUCAACGUAAUGCCGGACAAGAUUCCAUCAAUGCCGUGGUCGACAUUGCCGGCUUUCAACCCAUGGUGCAUGCUCCUCCACUCCAUGUGGGCCAGCAGUUUCUACAGACACUUCGACGUCACUACGUGGGUCACAUUGACAAAAUUGUCAUUCUCGAUGCUCCCAUGGCAUUUGUCAUCUUGUGGCAAUUAUUGUCACCCUUUGUGGGAACCAAAACCAGCAGUAAGAUUGUCUUUUUAUCGGGGCAAGAAAACAAAACAGAACAAAUCUCCCAAUUAUAUGAUCCGGCACAAGCUGCUCCCUGGAUGAUGACGGGUGGAAGGAAAGAACGAGAACUGGAUAUGGACGAGUAUCUAUACAAAACGACCUUUGACCAUGCAUUUGAUGAAGACAAAUAAUCAUUACGAGAAAGCCCCGGAACGUACAUGUACAGUAAAGGGAGGUUGAAGUUGUCCAGCUCGGAUAGAGUAUCCUGAAUGAGCAAACCGUGAAGAGAGGCAUCAACCCGCAGAGAUUACUUGUAGACUGUCAGCUCACUCGCUCAAGAAGAAAAGGGAAAGCAGU